AUGUCAAGUGAAGAUUUUAAAAAGUUUGAAGAGCAAUUCAGGGAAUUGUUAGCUACCAGUUUGGCUAACCAAAUAAAGACUUUUGGUACAUCACCAGGGUCAUCAUCAUCAUCAUCCUCGAAGGCAAAAACUGAAAAGACCAACAAAUCUCAACAAAGAAACAAGAAACAAAUUCGUUCUGUUCAAUUCGAUUCAGAUAGUGAAGAAGAUUACGAGGAGGAUUCAACUCCUGAUGAAUAUGAAGAUGUUAAAGUUCCAAUUAAAAAGAACUCAAUUGCUCCAUCAUCAUUGAAGAAAUCUAAAAAUGCUAUUACAUACAACGAUGACUUUUAUUUAACAUAUGCAGAUGCUUAUAUUGAAUUCACAAAGCAAAAUCCAACUACUUAUCAUGUUGUCCAAUACUUUGCCAAAUUACUCGAAGCUAAUGGAUUUAAAUACUUAUCUGAAAAGGAAAACUGGGAAGGUUCAUUAAAAUCUGAAGGUUUAUACUAUACAAUUAGAAAUGGUACAAAUGUUGGUGCUUUUGCAGUUGGUGAGAAUUGGAAACCAGAAAAUGGUAUUGGUAUUAUUGGUUCACAUAUUGAUGCCCUAACUGCUAAAUUAAAACCAGUUUCCAAGAAGGAAAAAGUUGAUGGUUAUGAAUUAUUAGGUGUUGCAAAUUACGCAGGUGGUUUAUCACCAGCUUGGUUUGAUAGAGAUCUUGGUAUCGGUGGUAGAGUUCUUGUUAGAGUUGAAGAUAAAGAAUCUACUACUGGGUUUAAAGUCAUUUCUAAAUUGGUCAGUUCUGCACCAAAACCAAUUGCAAGAAUUUCAACUUUAGCUGAACAUUUCGGUCAAGUUGCAGCUCCACCUUAUGAUAAAGAAACUAAAGCUAUUCCAGUUAUUGGAUUCAAUCCAGGUCCUGAUGCUGAGCCAACUAAAGAUGAAAAGAAAUCACCAGUUAUUGAUAAGCAUCCAUUAGAAUUAUUAAGAUUCAUUGCUGAAUUGGCUGAAGUUUCAGUUAAAGAUAUUGUUCAAUUGGAUCUAGAUUUAUUUGAUGUUCAACCAGGUACUAAAGGUGGAUUAAGAGAUGAUUUUAUUUACGCCCCAAGAAUUGAUGAUAGAGUUUGUUCAUUUGCUGCAAUUCAUUCAUUAGUUGAAUCUUUCAAGGAAGGUAUUCCAGAAGGUUCAUUUAGUCAAGUCUUGUUAUAUGAUAAUGAAGAAGUUGGUUCAAACACAAGACAAGGUGCUCAAAGUAACUUAAUCAAUACACUUACUGAAAAUGUUAUUCAAAAAUACAUUGAAAGUAAUAAUACUUCUGCUAGUGUUGGUAAUUUAACUAAAGUUGCAUUUGCAAAUACUUUAUUACUUUCAGCAGAUGUCAAUCAUUUAUUAAACCCAACUUAUAAAGGUGAAUAUUUGGAGAAUCAUUAUCCAGUUCCAAACAAAGGUAUCACACUAUCACUUGAUCCAAAUGGUCAUAUGGUUACUGAUUCAGUUGGGUUAUCUAUUGUUGAACAAAUUGCAGAAUUGAAUGGUGAUGAAUUACAAAGAUUCCACAUCAAGAAUGGUGCAAGAUCUGGUGGUACAAUUGGUCCUUACAUUUCAAGUCAUACUGGUGCAAGAACUGUUGAUUUAGGUAUUUCUCAAUUAUCAAUGCAUAGUAUAAGAGCUGCAAUCGGUGUUAAAGAUGUUGGUCUUGGUAUUAAAUUCUUUAAUGGUUUCUUCAAAUACUGGCAAGGGGUGAACAAAUCAUUCGGUGAUUUGUGA